AUGGAAACAGAAAUGAAACCCAGCUACAAGCCAGGACUCACUGAGCGGCUGUUGGUGAGUCUGUUCCACUUCAUCAACAGACUCAUUCCAUGGCACAAACUGCCCAGCAUCGUUGGUGCACUGAACCUAGACGCACUACGUGUCGAGCUCCGUCAGUACAACUUGCACGAUGGCUACCCAUCUGGUGCUGCUCAGGGAAAUCAUACCACGGACCCCAUGACCGACCAGCGGUUCGAGUAUGCACGGAACUCCGACGGCAAAUUCAACUCGACUGAAAUGCCACUCAUGGGAUGCACCGGCCAACGCUUCGGACGCAACUUUCCAAGGGGGCUAACCAUCAAGCCGACCGAGGACGAGUUAUGGAAUCCAAACCCAAGAAUGUUGAGUGAGCGAUUCAUGGCACGGAAAUCUUUCGUUCCAGCCACGACAUUGAACUUGCUUGCUGCAGCUUGGAUUCAAUUUCAGACGCACGAUUGGUUCUUUCAUGAAAGUAGUGAUGAGAAUUACAAUAUUCCCUUACCCAAAGGAGACAAAUGGCCACAUGGCAAAAUGGAGCUUCCUCGUACCAAACCGGAUGAGGUCCUCAGCCAGACCGACGUACAAUGUCCAGGCUACAAGAACAUAAACACUGCAUGGUGGGACAGCUCGCAGAUUUACGGCUCUAAUGAAGCGAUGACAGAGUCCCUUCGCAACAUGCACAGUGAUGGUAAAUUGACUCUUACCAAAGAUGGUCGCGAGCAAUUUCUUCCCCGUGACCCAGACGGGAACCCGCUCACAGGAUUCAACAACAACUGGUGGAUAGGAAUGGAGAUGCUGCAUACUCUAUUCGCAUUAGAGCACAAUGCGGUCUGCGACAUGCUACGCCGCGCCUAUCCCACUUGGACAGGUGAUCAGAUCUUCGAUAAAGCAAGACUGGUCAAUUGCGCUCUCAUGGCCAAGAUCCAUACUGUCGAGUGGACACCAGCAAUACUGGCUCAUCCGACACUCAAGCUUGCCAUGAAUGCAAACUGGUGGGGACUGGUCGGCGAAUCACUUACCAAGAUGCUAGGCCGCAUUUCAAAGACCAGCGAAAUCAUCAGUGGCAUUCCCGGUUCGGGCGUGGACCAAUCCGGUGUGCCGUACUCACUGACUGAAGAGUUUGAAUCCGUAUACAGGAUGCAUUCCCUGAUCCCGGACGCAAUCGCUUUCUUCGAUGCCAGAGAUGGUGCACACAUGUCCACUGUCCCAGUGGAAGAGAUGCUGUUCAAGAAUGCACAAGAACCUUUGGAUAGAGGCCUUUCGUUCGCCGAUGCUUUUUACUCGUUCGGGAUCAAUUACCCGGGUGCCAUCACGAACUCGAACUACCCCAACUUCUUACGCAACUUGACCACGCCCGAUGGCAUACAUCGAGAUAUGGGCACCGUCGACCUGCUGCGCGAUCGUGAGCGUGGUGUGCCCCGAUAUAACCAGUUCCGUCGCCUCCUGCGCAUGUCCGCGCCCAAGACAUUCGAAGAACUGACGGGUGGUAACAAGGCUCUUGCCAGGGAAUUAUCGGAUGCGUACAACGGCGAUGUCGAGCUUGUUGACACCCUGGUCGGCUCUCAUAGCGAGCCAAUACCUGCGGGCUUUGGUUUCAGCGACACUGCCUUCCGCAUUUUCAUCCUCAUGGCAAGUCGACGUUUGAAGAGUGACCGCUUCAUCGCUGGCCAGUGGAAUGCUGACACCUACACCAAAGAAGGCUUGGACUGGGUGCAGAACAAUGGAAUGAAAGAUGUGCUGUCGAGACAUUUUCCUGAGUUGAGGAGUGUCUUGAAGAGCAGCAAGAAUCCUUUUGCGCCCUGGAAUAAGAUGCCAAAGUCGACGGUAUAUGAUGGUAUUGAGACGAAUGCCCCGAAGUGA